UCAAACAUCAAAACUUGUUUACAGAAGCGGAGCUGAAGUGUUGAGAUAAGAUUCAUCGUUUGCCUACGACUGUUUUACACCGGCAAAAACUGUGAUGGCGGCGUAUCCAGCUGCCCAAGGAAAUUUCCAAGCGGGAACGGCAGUAGUUCCAGCAUCGCAAGUAGAAAUAACUGUAUCAUGCAGGGGACUGAAAGAUGCUGAUGUGUUUUCUAAGUCUGAUCCGAUGUGUGUCCUUUCUUCAAAAGAUAUGAAAACCGGCUCGUAUUAUGAGGUCGGACGGACUGAGAUGAUCAAGGAUACACUGGACCCAGACUUCGUGAAGAAAUUCACGAUGCAGUACUUCUUUGAAGAAUCUCAAAAGUUAAAAUUUGAAAUAUAUGAUGUUGAUUCUAACACAGCAAGACUGGAUGCUCAUGAUUUUUUAGGAAGAUUUGAAGGAAGUUUAGGUGAAAUUGUUGGAUCACCAGGUGGAAAAGUAGAAAAACCAUUAACAAUACAGAAUUAUCAAAAAGGCAGAAUUAUAAUUAGAGCGGAAGAAAUGAGUAACUGCAAGGAAGUAGUCACUCUGCAAUUUAAAGGCAUCCAUUUAGAUAAAAAGGACUUUUUCGGUAAAUCUGAUCCCUACCUGGUGUUUUACAGAGCAAACGAGGAUAACAGCUAUACCAUUGUACAUAAAACAGAAGUAAUAAAGAAUACACUCAAUCCAACGUGGAGGCCUUUCACUGUACAGGCCAGGGCUUUGUGUAACGGCGACUACGAUAGAUCCAUCAAGGUUGAGUGUUAUGACUGGGAUAGUGAUGGAAGCCAUGAUUUCAUUGGAGAAUUUACCACCAACAUGAGAGAGCUGAGCCGAGGGGCGGGCUCCAAUAACCAGUUUUCUUCUGCCCAGUGGCCGGUGAUCAACCCUAAGAAAAAGGCAAAGAAGAAAAAGUAUACCAACUCAGGGGAGGCCAUACUGAUGUCAUACACAAUGGAGAUUCAGCAUUCCUUCCUGGACUACAUACAGAAUGGUGGCACUGAGAUGAGCUUCACUGUAGCUGUGGACUUCACUGCGUCCAAUGGAAACCCCUCCUCUCCAACGUCACUACACUAUCUCAACCCGUACGGAGCUCCCAACCAGUACGCAGCGGCCAUACAGGCUGUAGGGGAGAUAAUCCAGGACUAUGACAGUGAUAAGCUGUUCCCUGCCUUAGGUUUUGGGGCCAGGAUGAGUGAUGGAAGUGUACAUCAUGAAUUUGCUCUGAACUUCAACCCGAGCAAUCCAUUCUGUCAAGGUGUACAGGGAAUCCUCCAGGCCUACUUCAACUCUCUAAAGAACGUCCAGUUGUACGGCCCGACGAACUUCGCCCCUGUCAUCAACCAUGUUGCCAGGUUCGCCACUGCGGUACAGGACGGCUCUAACUAUUUUGUGCUACUCAUCAUCACGGAUGGCGUAAUCACAGACAUGCCCCAAACCAUGCAGGCGAUAAUCAGUAAUAGCUCCCUUACAGAAAUGAUAGGCUUCUGGCAACCAUUUGCUGCAAACUCGCAGCAACUUUGCGGCAAGCUUGCAGCAACCGUUUGCCACAAGCUUGCCACAAGCGCACAUUUCGUAUGCAAAUGA